AUGAAGUUCAAGCUUGAUUCCCUCCUUAUCGUCGCAAUGACUAUCAACCUAGUACCCCUGACUUUUCCCGCCAGCGUAGACAAGAAGAAAUUCGUAGAAUUCGGUCGAGAGGUCAAGGGUGUCCACCCGGGAAACCUCAGCGCAGACGAGUUCAAGGCACUCGAGGAGGCUUUGUACAAGCACGAUCUCCUUCUGUUUCGAGAUGUUGACUUGUCUCUUGAAGAGCAACUGGCCUUGGUCAAGGCGUUCGACCCGCAAGCAGAGAGCUACACGCACAAAACCGACGCGCUAGAAAGAGGGGUCAUAGGCGCAUACAUCAACACCAUUCCGCGGGUCCCUCAAGUACAACUCAUAGGCCACGGAACCAUCCACGACCACGAAGGUAUCCCAGAAGUAACCCUCCGGCACGGACACCACGCGAGUUUUCAUAAAACACGAGUCUCAGUUGAAGAUGAGAACGGAAGCCCAGCAGUCACGAGGUUCUUCCGCUGGCACAUGGAUGCUGCGCUGUAUGAACUGUCUCCACCCAAAGCUACGGCGCUUUAUGCAGUUCGGGUUCCGGAGGGCCCAACACAGACGGUCAGGUAUGAUGAUGGCUCCGGGGACGAGUUGAGGGUCACUUUAGGAACGACGGCGUUCGCUUCGGGGAAGGUUAUGUUUGAUAUUUUGCCGAAGGAGUUGAAGAGCCUUGCAGUGAGGGCUAGAGUUAGGUAUGCGCCUCAUCCGUUCGAGUGCAUGGCAGCAGCUAAGGGGGUGUCGACUGGGCUGGGAUUGGAGAGUGAGGGAUUGGAGGAACCGUUGGACACGUUGACGAGCUGGGAUGAGGAAAAGAUCAAGGUGUACCCUUUGGUCUGGAAGAACCCAGUGACAGGAUCCCUCCAUCUUCAAGUCCAUCCGUUUGCGAUCUCCGAGAUAUACAUCGAACCAGUACCAGAGAGCUGCCGACCAGUGGCAAAUAAUCUUGGAGUGUUAUACCCAGACGGCGGGCACAUCACGGAUCUUCGCCACGUUCGAGAACUUGUUUAUAGUAUGCAAAGACCUGGAAUUGCACCAAAUCUCGUCUAUCCGCAUCCAUGGGAGGCUAAAGAUCUCGUAAUAUUUAGCAACCGCGGCCUUAUUCAUACGGUCGUUGGUUUGUUCCAGCCAGACCAGGUUCGGAUCCUUCAUCAGUGCGGCCUUGCUGGAUCGGAUGAACCUGCUGGGCCAAGCGAGGAAGACAAGGUGAAGUGGGUAGGUUGCCAGUGA